AACAAAGCAGAGGGGGGGGGUUCACUUAUGUGGCUGAGGAAAUAUGAAUAAAAAAUAAAAUAAUGAUAAAAAACGUGUUUAUAUGAAAUAUCUGACAAAUAUUCAUAUUUAAUGAUGGAAAGAUGUGUAUAAGUCAGGUAGAACCAUAUGAACAUGACAGAACGUUAGUUUAGUUGAUCGUGUUUGGCAUUGAUUGUGGAUUCGCCCACAAGCUGCAAGCUGAGACGCCGCGAGCCGGUGGAUCCCGCAAGAUGGACUUUCACAUGUCAAACACUUCGCCGGCGAAUUAAUCCUUAACGCUUCUCUUUGUGGACAAUCUACAGACACACGAGUAAAAAACAUACAAACAAACCCCAAAACACUCAUUUCCAAGAGGAAGCUGUUCUCCUGGGUUUGUGAGGUUGUGUGUAAAUGGAGGUGGUGCACAUGGCAGAAGAAGAGAAGUGAAUUGAUUGAUGAACUGAUUGAUUGAUUGCGCGGUGUUUUAAACCGACGCGCGCGGCGACAUUUUUUUUGUUGUUGUUGAAAAAUCAAUCGGAAUUUUUGUUAGCUUGUUAGCUCACACGGACAAUGGCGGCAAUAACGAGCCCGGAAUCGAGCGCUCAGCCCCGGGUCUAUUUCCAGACGCCUCCUGGUACUGAAGAAGAAGUUCCACAGAAGCAAGGACGAGUGACGGUGAAAUAUGACCGAAAGGAGCUGAGGAGGAGGCUGAAUUUGGAGGAGUGGAUAGUUAGUCAGUUAAUGACUUUAUACGACUGCGAGGAAGAUGAAGUGCCCGAGCUAGAGAUUGACGUGGACGAGCUGCUGGACCUGCCCAGUGAUGUAGAGAGAGCCAUCAGAGUGAAGAUGCUGCUUGUUGACUGUUACAAACCUAAUGAUGACUUUGUGGCUGCACUGUUGGAGAAGGUGCGAGGCAUGCAGAAGCUCAAUACCCCACAGAAGAAGGGGGACAUAACCCCAUGAACCACCCACCAGCUCCUCCACCACCACCACCACCACCAUUACCCUGUUCCUCCAACCGUGCACGGUGGAGAAGGGCACACAGACCGUACUACUCCAAUACAGUGUGUCAAAUGGAGGCGAGCGAGGAGCUCAGCCAAGCCAAUCUCAGCUGCAGGUUAAUCACUCCAACUGUCUUAUUUUCUUUCACUACUGUUUCCUUAAUAUAUUACUCCCAUAGAGUGUGUGCUAGUCUCCCUUUUUAGCUUAAAAUACUGUAAGGGACAGGAUGUGUUGUGGAAUGGUUAGUUAUUCAGUUUUGUACGCUUAAACACUAAGUGCCAUAGGACAUGGCUUUGUGCAUCUGUAAUUGAGUAGAAAACUAGGUUACGGCUUUUUCCGUCCAUGUAGAUCUCACCUUAUGUCUUUGCUUUUUCUUUUAUAAGGGCUAUGGCAGCUAUUAGAAACGACACAGUGAGUGAUAUUGUUUUAAAUUAAAUGUCUUAGGUUAUGAUGUAUUUUGAAGUGAAAUGGGGGAACAAGGGGAACGAGGAAACUGGGGCUUUUGCGUGUUUUGAGAUUUUCCAUUUAGUAGGACUUUAGGAUAUAACCGAACUGAACACUAAAUCUCUGCUUUGUGCUCUAGAUUGCUUCUGUAUGC